AUGCUUUGCGACAAUAAUAUUUCUCAGACUGCAGCUGAGAAUAAAAAUAAACACGAUAACACUUCAGCUGAUGAGGAUGACGAAUUACCCGAUAAUAUUGAUUUAUCUUCAAAGUCUGUACUCUGGAACAGUAAAGCGGUUAAAUGCCUACUAAGUUUGUAUCCAAACAAACUGCAAGAUAUUUUUGGAAAAGUCCAUUCCAUAAUUCCUCCGGUAUUAAUGGGAAUGAAUUGUCUCGUUAUAAACAAUAAUGCAACUUCAACAAAAGUGAUAGAUCAGUCGUCUGUAAAUCUUUGUCAAGAAAUACCAAUGAAGAACGUCAAUGAAACUGUAUUACCUAAAGAUAUCCCACCACUUCAGCUACAAGGUACCUGUGCAAUAGAUGAUAUAGGCGGAGGAGAAAUACAAGAAAUAAACGAUAAAGAAAAUACUACGUCUACGUCGAUACCAAUACCUACGUCUCCGGAUCCCGGUACCAAUGAAGACAUGAUUGAAUUGCUGGCAGCCUUGCGUAAGAUAGAAGCGAAGCACGGACAGGACUUCGAAAGGGACAUACGAGAGAAUCAUAAAAAUAUCGAACGAGAACGCUUUAAAGGGACACACAAAGAGCAAUUAAAUUAUGAAAAAAAGACGAACGACACAAACAGCACUAGACACAAACCUGAUGUUACCAGAGGAGCUACAAAUUCAGAAUACAUCAAAGAGAGUAUUAAAUCGAAGCGAUCGGUGAACGAUAGCUUGAUUGACGAUUUCAAGAGAGAGGAAGCAAAUGGCAAACGACAUAAUACUAGAAGAAUUGUUGUACCCAAAGCACGUUCUUAUGCAAACAACGAGAACAACACAAAUGACAAUUUUGGGACAGAUCCAACAUCACAUCCCCCAAAGAAGUAUCACUCCAAUGCGCUAGAGACGAUUCCCCCGGCGCGCCAUGAUCGAUUAAGCGAAGGAACUACUCAACCUGACAGAUAUGAAAGUGAAAACAUGGAAACUGUAAACGACAGAAGAAUUAGCUGGCGAAAUCGCGAUAUCUCAAGAAAUCAAACUGAGAUCCGACAAAUCUUUCAGAAUCACGAAGCGGCUGCAAGGGAAAAUCACCGGAGAUUGACUCGAAGACAUUUGCGUGCACCACGGCAGGUUUACGCCAUCCAUUACGGGGCGGACAGCAGUCUCUUUUCAACGCAGGACGAGCACACUGGUAACGGCAGGGCACGACAUUACAAUGGCGUUUUUAGGGCAUGGCAGCCGAGUGAGUGGGUUGCCGAUCUUGGUAUGAGCAGACACUUCACACUUGCUGGCGAUGGCAAACUUACUGUUCAUGAACCAGGAUUGUAUCUCGUAUACGCGCAGAUCCACUAUCUGGACGAACACGACGAGAAUGGCUUUCAUGUACUGGUGAAUGGCAGGCCUAUAUUGCAGUGCAUGCAUAUUGGUGACAAAAACCGAGCAGAGUGUGCUGACAUGAUCUGA